AUGUCUACUCAGCGUUCGCUCCGAUCUCAUACCGGCUUAACCCAUGUGUCAUCUCCUCUUUCUAACUCUAUAUCAAGAUAUCGCAGAACCACAGACGAAGCUGUGCCCCCUCCAUCGGUUACUGUGUCUCGUUUGCCCCUCAGCCCGCCUAAAGACGCACACAGGUCUAUUCGUCUGAAAGUUAAGAUGCCGUCGAGCAAGCUUAGAGAGGUAACUGGUGGAGCAGAAAAACGCCAUCAUAAUAUCUUCACUGAACCAGUGAUCGUCACGGGACCGAGAAAUAGUCGAUCGAAGAAAACAUUGGUUGAGGUGGACACAGAUGAAGAUGAGGAGGUUGAGGAAUCGAUGGGCGAAGAGGAUGGGGAACAGUCGCAUACAUCUGAUGCCGAUGGGAGUGAUGGUGAAGAAAAUGGAAACGAUAGCGAGGAUGCUGAUGCUGAAGCUGACGGCGAUGAUGAUGUUGACAUGGAUGAUGCACUGCCAAUCCCACCAAACGUUAAGCAGGCUGUUUCUCGACCAACAGUUUCCGUUACGGCCGCUGGGGAGAGUAGAUUGAACCACGCGGACUCCACCAUGAACCUUGACGACGACGAUGAUGAGGAGCUUUCCGAACUGGAUUCCGAGGCCGACGCUGAUGGAGAGCCAGAUGAAACAGUUAUGCCAGAGGAGCCAGAGGAGCCAGAGGAGCCAGAGGAGAUUGUUGAGGACGACGAUAUGGAAGAAGAGGAAGAGGAGGAAGAAGAAGAAGAAGAAGAAGAAGAAGAAGAAGUAGAGUUGGAGAGUGAUAGCGGCACUCCAAUCACCGGCAGCAGAUCAAGUACCCCUGACGUAAGUAAAAUGACUAAACGGCAGCGAGGCCGGAUGGAGCUUGGAGGCGACUUUUUGCAGUUGCCAAUGGAACCGCAAGUAAAGAAGCACCUAACUGCAGAGGAACAUGCCAUGCGACGCGCUGAAAUGGCACGAAGAAGGAAAAACCUCAGCGAAAAGCGAAACGAAGAAGAAAAGAUGGAUACAAUUAACAAACUUCUCAAGAAACAAGCACCCAAACGACGGGGCAAGAUCUCUGCAGCCGAGACGGCAGCUGGUGGUGAAACAACACCUAGAGCCCAGGAGCUACAGGAGCCAGAAAAGCCUGAGCCGACAAUGAUACGCUAUGUCUCGAACCGGGAAGGGUGUAGAGUUGGUGUUCCGGAGGAAUGGUUUGGCACGCCUGCUGGACGCAUUUUUGAAAAUGGGUCGACGACACGAAGCAUGGGAUCAGGGCAGGGCCAUCGACGGCUUGUGGAAGAGGUGUGA